AUGCCUCCCGCAGCAAAGCCGAAGCCGCCACAGAAGCUCGAGUUCACGAUGAACAGUCUGAGGAACACCACGCUGGCCACGGACGACGACUCGAUGUACUUCGAGAUCGUGACGCGUUUCUGGCACCCGAACCUCACCAAGAUCAACAAGUUCGACAUGGAAACGCGCGAGCUCGUCACCGUCGCAGAGAUCGAGGGCCUCCAGUCGGGUGAGCCUCGCGUGCGUUUCGGUGGCGACAAGAGCCCCUGGCAGUCAGCGACGGAUUUCCUCAAGUUCGACCCUGAUCGAGUUGGCGGUACUUUCCAGGCCAUCGGGGGAGUCGAGUAUAGGUGGAAGACCCACCACGGACGCUUCCAGCUCGUGAGGGCAGAUGAUCCCGAGAAGAAGGCCGUUGCCGAGUUUCACCCGCAUAGGCGGCAUUUGUUCGUGUUCAGGAUGUCCAAGCACGCCUAUUUCGAGGUGCAGCCCCUCCCGGAGAUCGUAGAGGCGAUUGACAAGUUUAUUGUGAGCUAUCUCCUUGUGGAGAGGAAACGGAGGGACUCUCGUAUCCGCGUCAAACUCGAACGUCACUAA